UACAGUUCUUAAGACUCAUAAUGUGAAACAGUUAAUCCUCAAUCAAUUAUUUGUCGUUCAACUUUAGCUUUCUUUAGUUUCCAACGCAUUGCCAAUUUCAAUUGAUUCGUUGCGCAACCGCAUAUUAUAUGAGUUUCUCAUCAUUAUUUCUAUUUUCUCCCCCGCUAAGUCUUCUUUAUUUUAUCCUCUUUUGUGCAUGCUCACCCGCGCAUUACCGCUUCUCAUUGUGAGAAUCUCAACUGAAACUCCUGGCCCAGAUUAACACCCAGCUUUUCAAUUAAUUACCAACGUAUGCCUACGCACCUCUUCAUUGAGGACAACUCGGGGGCUUAAUUAGAACUAGUGUUUUGAGGUCCCACUUCAUUUCUAUGAUAAACCAUAGCUAGAAGCUUCAAUGCCGAUUAUCCAACCAGGGCGUGGGAGCAGGGUGGUAGGAAUGAACAAGAAUCAACAACCGCCGCCUCUUCUAAAGAUGGUUGGGAAUCAUAACGCUAGCCGUUCUCGGCCGACCAAUAAAAAUGGUGAAAAUUCAGUUUCGGAAAAAGAUAAUGAUAUACAUGCCCGAAAAUCCAAGUCCAUCGACGCCCUACCUGAGAGCAGUGAUGAGGACGAGGAUUAUCCGCGCCUAAAUGCGAACGAUAGCUUCAAGGAUUCUGACGAUAGCGAAAAUGAAAGUCGACGUGGUGACAUUAAGCCUACCAUUUUCAAAUCCACUCAACCAUCCACCUCACAAAGAAGUAGUACGCGGAGAAGUACACGAGAGACAUCCAAAGCGGGUAAUGUUAUAAAAUGUUCUCAAGAUGAUGAGCCCUCAAGUUCAGCUGGCUCAAAGAGGUCGGCCGAAGAUCCUACUCCCGGGGCCGAUAGUCACCUAACGGAUUCGUUUGGCUUUAUGGCGGUCAAAAAGACGAAAAGGACGACUAGCGGUGCAACUUAUGGCACCAAGUCAUCUCAGCCCAGGUCCUCUCAGACAAGAUUAUCACAAAAAUCCGCCCCUAGGUCUUCAGCUCCACAGCCGGCUAAGUACGGAGCUAAUGGGAAGUUGAGGCGUACUGCUAGAAGUCCAACCCCUGAGAAUGCCCCAUCUCUUCCAACAAAUGGGUUUAAAAAGCCCGCAAGCAUGACUCCAGAGAAAGCACGUUCAGACGUUUUUAAGAAACCACCGCCAGACAGUUCAAGUCCGGUUCGGGGUGCACGAAAACCCAUACUUCGAACCGUCAGCUUGUUAUCAAAUGAGUCACCAGGAAGACCGAAAUUCAACAAGUACAAUCCAGAUGGUUCGUCAGAUGUAGAAGUGGAAGUAAAGCCGGGCCCGCAGACCGGCAAAACGACGAACCCGAGGAGAUCUGGGCGCAAAACACGACAGACAUCGCCCGAACCAGUGAAAGAAUUAUCCCCGAAGCCAACAUUUAAGUUGCACGCUUUAGAUGACAUAGACUAUCUCGAUGACGAUAAUGACGAUAAUCUCGCCACCACAUUUGAGAGCACAGUAUCAGGUGAUGAGAUAGGUGAUAUCAGUAUAGAAAGCCCAGUAGCUACCACAGCAAGAUGUCCCAUGUGCCAUGAGGCAGUAGACGCUGAACUCCUUGCCAAAUAUUCAGAUCGCGGCAGGAUGAACAUUAGGAAACAGACAGAAUUUUGCCGAAAGCACAAGCGGCAGACAGCACUAAACUCAAGGUCCCAGAAAGGAUAUCCUAAAAUCAAUUGGGAUACGCUUGACACGCGAUUAAAAGCUCACCAAGGAUUCUUGAAAGAAAUACUAGAGGGCACUCGAGAAUCGUAUUUCCGCGAAGUCUUGAAGGAGAACGUCGAAUCUGGAAAGAAUCGGACAUUGCUCAAGACGGAUGAUAGCCUCACGCCAGGUUACUACGGACCGCGAGGGCUCCGCGCCAUGACUGAGUAUAUUAUGCGGACGUUGUCUUCGGUUGUUCGCAAACGCGCAAUUGAGGACAGGCUCGUUUCCGCUAGGGGUCAUACCGCGUAUGUUCAAGUGGUUUUAGUGCCCGAACUAGCGGUGCGCCUUAUUAUGGAGGACAUGGAUGUCGCAGAAGAAGAUGCGCGGGAGAUCAUGCAAGAUAGCAUUGAAGUCGGGGAGCUACUAUACGAAGACGCAGGAGACGUGGUCGCGGCUAUAAGUGAUGAAGAGGAAUAUAUAUAAUAUACGAGGUCUUCGAGCCUUGGGAGGCUUGGUUUGAGAAUUCAGCGCGAGACGAUAUAUCGUCUAGAUCUAUAGAUAUGCAGGCCUGACGUAUGAGGCUGUUACCACACACAAGUAGCUUGGCUAUGUUGCAAUAAUACGUGGCUCGACUAAGACCAGAGCCGCGGCCCUUGUCGCAAUACUUAAGAAAUCUACCCGAAUGCCUUGCUUAUCUUAACUAUGACCAGGUGAUCUAUGUUCUAUAGUUUAUCGAUGAUAAACUAUAUUAAUCGUCAUUUAAUCCUUUGCGAUUGAAAUUACAUAGAAA